AUGCGUAUCUCUACCCUCACUACCGCUGUCGCGGGCAUUGCGAGCGUUGCCGCACUACAGAGCCCUCACAGGAAAGCACCAGUAAAGGUCAAGCGGACGUCCGACGUGUCUCAUGCCUCUCCCUCUCACCACAAGCGCCAAUCUAACCAUCUCACCUCGAAGUCAGCAAAAUUCGCUGUCAACGGUUCUGCCAUCCCAGACGUUGGCUUCGACGUUGGCGAAUCUUAUGCCGGUACCCUCUCGAUCGAUAACAACACAUCGAACGAAAACCAGCUGUGGUUUUGGUACUUUCCAUCCGACAACCCAGCAGCUUGCGAAGAGAUCGUGAUCUGGCUCAAUGGUGGGCCAGGAUGCAGCUCCCUCGAUGGACUUCUUCAAGAGAACGGACCAUUCUUAUGGCAGAGUGGCACAUACAGCCCAAUCAAGAACCCAUACUCGUGGGUAAAUUUGACGAACAUGGUUUGGGUUGACCAACCUGUCGGCACUGGCUUUUCGCCUGCUGCCAACGGCACACCUCAAGCGAUCAAGAACGAGCAAGAUGUUGCUGCCGACUUUGCCGGUUUCUGGAAGAACUUCAUGGAACAGUUCGACCUGGUUGGUCACAAAGUCUACAUCACGGGCGAGUCUUAUGCGGGACAGUACAUUCCGUAUAUUGCGGAAUAUAUGCUAGAGCAGAAUGAUACCGACUACUACAAUGUCAGCGGCAUUCAGAUCAACGAUCCUUCGAUCAAUUACGAUGAUACUCUGAUCUAUGCACCAUCUGUCUGGCACCUAAACGACUACUCUAACAUAUUCGGCCUCAAUGAGACAUUCAUGACUGACAUCAAUGCCCGAGCCGAGAAAUGUGGCUACUUCGAGUUCAUGGAGACAGCCCUUACCUUUCCUCCCCUCGGAAAGCUCCCUACCGCUCCCAACAGCUCCGAGCCUGGUUGCGCUGUCUGGGACGAUAUCAUCAAUGCUGCCAUUCUUAUCAACCCUUGCUUCAACAUCUACCAUCUGAUUGACUUCUGCCCUUAUCUCCUGGACGAGAUGGGAUUCCCAAGUCUUGGCUGGGGUCCAAACAAUUACUUCAACCAGUCGAAUGUGCAGAAGGCCAUCAACGCUCCGCCAACCAAUUACGCAGUCUGCGGUGAUGAUUCGCUCGGCCUCAUUAGGCCUGGUGAUACCAGUGUACCAUCAUCUCUUGGUCCGAUUCCCAAGGUCAUCGAGCGCACGAACAACGUCAUCAUCGGCCACGGCUGGCUCGACUACCUCCUACUCGCCAACGGAACCCUCGCCACAAUCCAGAACAUGACCUGGAACGGAGCCCAAGGCUUCCAGACCCGACCAUCGGACGACUUCUUCGUUCCCUACCACCAGAGUCUGGGCGAGAUCCAGUACGAGAUCAAUUACCAGCCCAUCCCAGCUACACCUGCGUACGAUGUCGCUGGUGCCGGUUUCCUGGGUACUACGCAUACUGAGCGUGGUCUGACGUUCGUCACUGUCAACCAUGCUGGGCAUGAGAUCCCGCAAUAUGUUCCUGGCGCUUCUUACAGGCAGCUUGAGUUCUUGCUGGGCCGCAUUCCUAGCUUGACAACACAGGGUGAUUACACGACGCAGACCGGCAACUUUACAGGGACUACACCGCCCUCGCGAUAA